UACUUAACAAAGAUGGGAGAGAAGUGUGCUGGGAAAACUCACCUUCACAGCAGCCAAGUUUUUGAUCUCUCCGUGCUUCCACAAGGUGGCUUCAAAUGCCGACUCACAACCCAAACUGGAGGACCUGUAUCGACUGCAAGUGCUCAUAUUAUAACAGCUGUGAUUGGUUUAGGCGUCGUCCUCUUUCUGGCUUGGCCACUGCUCAGCUUGGAUGGAUUGUUCCAGCAGUUAUGUUCUUGUUCUCUUUUGCAACUUACUAUACCUCUACUCUUCUUGCUGCUUGUUCCAGCAGUUAUGUUCUUGUUCAUAUUAUAAGUAGUAGGUCUUAACAGCUUUCAUUUAGACGCUUAAAAUGCAAGCAGCCUAUGUUGUUGAGGUGAACUUUUUAGAAAGCAAAAUGGGUAUGGUUGAGCUGACUUAAGGUGCUUUGUUUGGAUAAUAUACCAGCGAAUGGUAAAAUUAGGGAAAGACUGACUUGGACAAGUGUUGGAAAAAUUAGGAUAAUGUACCAAAAUAUUUUUAUUAAACUUUUAUGUAAAAUUAAAAAAUUACUUUAUUUCAAAUGGUAAAUAAAAAUAAUUUAUAUGGAUGGUCUACAUUAUUCAAA